AUGGCUGGGUACGCUGCCGGCCAACUUAUCAAGCUUGCGGACGGCCGCCACGCGAGAGUUCGAUUCAUUGGGACAACUCGUUUUGCCCCUGGAGAAUGGAUCGGUUUGGAACUCGGGGACGCAAGCGGGAAAAACGAUGGCUCGGUCCAAGGAGAAAGGUACUUUGAGUGUGAAUAUGGAUUUGGCAUGUUCGUUCGAGCAUCUGCCAUUAUCGAGAUUGUUGAGCAGGCAAGGAAAGAGGAGCCAAAGGUUGCGCCGAAAAGUGGCCUCGACGGCAGGGGAAGGCCAGCAUCGAUGAUUGUGCCUCCUGGAGGGCCAGUGGGGACAAGGAGACAGAGCUUGAUGACAUCUACAUCGGGUACAAAGAAGUCGAGCUCUGGUGCUUCGAGUCCUUCGCCUGCUCCAAGGGCUUUGGGACGAACCUUACGGUCACCUACAAAGUCUCCGGUGAAACCGCUGGCCGGACCGGGUACACCUGCUGCAUCCCGAGCCUCUUCCACAGCUUCGAGGACUAUUCCAAGCCAUAAGCCCAGACCAAGCUUGUCAAAUCGCAGCUCAGCAGCUCCUACUCCCACAUCUACGACAUCCAACUCUCGCUUGUCAUUACGCCAGUCCCAGUCCACAAUGGGACCUCCAGCGAAAACCACCCGUACUGGGUUGGCCUCGUCACGCACAACUGUAAGUCCGGCCACAUCCAGACGAAUGUCACUUAAACCAGCUACGGCGAGGUCGCCGGUGAUGGUUAAGGUGGGAGCAGGUCCUGGCGAGGAAAACGAAGGCGCUUCACGAGCAAGCUCGCCUCCUGAAGGACCAGAGCUUGAUGUUGUCAAACCAAGUUUGGCACGGCCUACACCAUCUCCAAUGAGCCAGAGAUCCGUUUCUGGGAGUAAUGCGCUGGUACAAAAAGAGCUUGAUGAUCUGAGGACAAAACUCAAGAUUAUGGAGAAAAAACGGACAGAAGACCGUGAAAAGCUAAAGAUGGUUGAGGCAUAUCGGGCAGAACGAGACAAGUUCGAGACUAUCAUACAAAAGCUUAGGGAAAAAUAUCAACCUCAACAACAAGAAAUUACCACUCUAAGGAAACAAUUGAAGGAGGCAGAAUAUAGGGUUGAAGAAGUUGAGAGACUCCAAGCGGAGCAUGAAUCCAUUCUCGAGAUGGCAGCGCUUGACCGAGAAAUGGCGGAAGAGGUUGCUGAAUCCAUCAAAGCUGAGUAUGAAGCUUUGAAGUUCCGGACCGAGGAAUUGGAACUUGAGGUAGAGGUCUUGAAGGAAGAGAAUGACCAGCUUGGCCAGGUCAUGAGCCCCGAGGAGAAGUCAAGCCAGGGGUGGCUGCAAAUGGAACGAACAAAUGAGCGAUUACGUGAAGCUCUGAUCCGCCUUCGUGAUAUGACACAGCAGCAGGAAGCUGACCUAAAGGACCAAGUCAAGGAGCUAGAGGAGGAGCUCAAGGAUUAUAACAACCUCAAGGCUCAGUAUGAGUCUACCAAGGAGAAGUUGCUUGAGUCAGAAGCGAAUAUGGAGGAUCUCAAACAGCAGGUGGAAGCACUGGGAGCCGAAGAGAUGAUUGAAGAGCUCACCGAGAAAAAUAUGCAAUAUCAAGAGGAGGUAAACGAGCUAAAGGCUAUCAUAGAAGACCUUGAGAGCCUGAAGGAAUUGAACGAUGAGCUCGAGAUCAAUCAUAUUGAAUCCGAGAAACAGCUCCAAGAAGAAAUUGACUUCAGGGAAGGCAUUUACCAUGAGCAAAACCGGAAGAUUUCGCAACAGGAUGCUGUCAUCGAGGACCUUGAAUAUACUUUAUCGAAGUUCCGCGAGUUGGUCUCAACCUUACAAAAUGACCUCGAAGACAUGCGGGCUUCCCAGCAAAUCACCGAGACUGAGGCUACGGAUCUAACUGUGCGCUCACGGGCAAUGAUGGACCUGAACAUGAAGCUCCAAGCCUCAGCUGCAAAAGCCCAGGUUAAGUCAAUGGACGUAGAGCUUGGCCGGAUGGAGGCCGAGGAGUCAGCCAGCCACCUGUCUAUUAUCAAGCUUUAUCUACCUGACUAUUACGAGAGCGAACGGAAUCCAAUUCUUGCUCUCCUUCGAUUCAAGCGAGUAGGAUUCAAAGCCUCGGUGAUGGCUAACUCCAUACGGGAGCGCCUGGCAGACCCAUCAAUCCGCUUCCCUGAGCGAGACGGAUUCCUGGCUUAUGAAGUACUUGAGAAGCUUACAUGGAUAUCAUUGGUUUGUGACAGAUUCGUCGCCUUUAUGGACGGUUGUUCAAUUGAACAGUUUUCAUCUUUUGAAGGUGCCUUGUACGAGCUUGAGCCAGUUGAGCGCAUCUUGAACUUCUGGAUUGAAAGCCUGAAAAAAGGGGAAUUGAAUGAGAAGACUUGCGCUGAUGAACUCCAGCGAUCAACUGCUCUAUUAUCGCAUUUGGCGGAGACCUUAAUACCGCAGCAUGUUGAAGGUACCGGAAAUGAGAUGUAUAUGCUAUCUGUACUGACACAAACGUACCUGGAAAACACUGCAUCCGCUCUUGCUCAAUUGAAAUCAAAAGUCCAAUCUAAAAUACCUCCUUCACCAGAAGACGAGGAAAGUCAGCAUCUCUACAAGAAAAUUGACGCGGUUGUGCAGCAAGCAAGGGGAAUAAAAGUUGCAUCAAGCAAAGUCACUCGGUCUCUAGAAGAGCUGAGAACAAGAUCGCUAGCUCUUGCAGAAGAAUGCAAGGAGACAUUUGAGUCAACCGAACAAGCUGCUAAGGAGUUGUCAACAGUGGCUCAGCUGAUCGGAAAUAGUUUCCUACAGCUCAUUGAUGACGAUGAUCGUACCGAGCCGUUCACAUUCCCAGAAGUGUUGACUAGCAUGGCUGAUGCAGUCGCUUCCAUCUCUAAGGAAUCGCCUGGAAACAAUGGUUCAGAUGAUGCCCUUGCAAUUAUUGCCAAUAAACUUCGUCUUUUGACGAGCCAUGUUGACGAAACAUCAAAUCUUUCGUCUGAUUUGUCUCAGACGGUUGAGUUUGAUCGACGACAAUCUCCAUGGAUUGCUCGCUCAAAGAUGCUCAAAGCUAGCCAGGAGACCUCACCAGAUACCGAAGAAGAGAAUAGGCGCCUGAAGAACGAACUGAGUGAGGCUUCAAAUGCUCUUGGAGCUAAAGAUAGAGUCUUUGAAGAGCAGUCUAUCAAGAUUGAACUUCUUGAAGCCCGCAUGCGUGAAGCCGGUAAAAAGGCAGCUGUCGUCAAGGAUUUGGAAGCCAAGAUCGAAAAUCUCCAGUCCAAAGAGAAUGAAUUUGUUGCUCUAGUUGAACGACAGUCUCAAAAUAUGCAAGCGAUUGAACGAGAACGGGACGAAUACAGGAGCCGCUUCGAAAAACUCAAACGAGCUUCCGAUUCAGAGGGAAGUAGUGGCAUAGGGGGUGUUGUAAACGCCGCGGCUUCAUUAUCAGUUAUGAGGGAAAACGAAGCCUUACGAGCCGAAGUCACCAGCCUUCAAUCCGCUAUACGCUAUAUCCGGGAUGACAACAAACGAGCACAUCUACUUGACCCGUAUUCCGUCCAGAGAAACAACCAUAUGCGCUCUUGGCUAGAUGUUCCCCUGGUCCGUCCCAAGCCUUCAGUUAAUGAACAAGACCCAGACCAUCGACAUAAACAAGCUGCCGAAUGCCGCGACGUUCUCAGUCACUUGCUGAAGUUAACCAAGGAAUCAAAACUUGUGGAUCUCAAGGCCAGCAGCAGUUCGGAUCCUGCAAACCGUCUUGCAUGGCGCCCUGUCAAAUCAACUCCCAAGUAUCACGCUAUGAAGCAACGUGAAUAUUAUGAAGAGUGGAGCCAAUGGAAAGACGAAGUUGUCAAGGAGAGGAAAAUGAAGAAGCUGAAUGCUGCCUAUAGCGCCACCAGACGAGAUCGGCCAACGACUCGACCGGACAGCUCAGUUAGUUUUUCCGUGGAUCAUCCAGCCUUCACCGAUAUUUCUCGGAAAGGGCUAGAACCUGACAGAAACGAGGGCGUAAUGGGUAAGACAUGGAAAAUUCUCGGCCUCCAACCUGAUACAGGCGAUAUCCCAAGAGUAUCAAAUGAGCCUCAGAUACUUGAUGACUAA